AUGAAUGGAAUUGACUUGCAAAUCUUCUUAAAUGAGCGUCAUAAGGAUCUUGAUACAUUGAAAGUCGAAGUGCAGAAUGCUCUCAAACUCUUAUCAGAUCCUGCCAAGCUUGUCUUGGAUGCAAUGCAAGGGUUUUAUCCUCCCCAUUUGAAGAAAGGGGAUAUUGAGUUUGAAGUGGAUGUUGUAAGGAAGAGCUGCAUUAUGUUACUGGAACAAUUAGCAAAUAUGUCGACAGAAAUUAAACCAACCACAAGAAAUGAAGCAAUGAGCCUAGCCUUAGAUUGGAUGACAAAAAUGAAGCCUGAUGUUGACCACUUCUUAGAAGUUCUGGCAUUUUUACAGCUUUUGGCUGCAUACAGGUUGGCCUCGGCUUUUGAUGUCGAUGAACUUGUGAUUCAAUUUGGUGUUAUUGCUCACUACAGCCAAGUUCGAGUACUAUUGCAAAACCUUGGUUUUGCUGAGAAGAUGUCUGGUGUUAUUAGAAAACUACUUGAAAAUAACUGCCAGGCUGAAGCUGGUAGCCUUAUUUCUGCUUUUGAUUUGCAUUCUGAGUUCCUAUGGACGACCUCACCAAAGGACGAUCAGGUAACCGGCUUGGGUCCUUCACUUGAAGAUAAAUCUACAGCAUUUACUGACCCAGCUAUCUUAUUCUCUUUCAAUGCUCCCUCAAUCCCUUUGGUCUCAAGGACUCUAUCUGGUGCUAAACUUUCAUGGUCAGAUGCAUGUGCAUAUAGUGAUCUCACUGAAUAUCCCGAUCUCGGUCCUGAGUCUGCUUUAAAUUUACAUGUACAGCAGCCAGAAAGGCUAAGUUCACAUGAACCGCAGCUAGAUAGGUUAAAUAUACCGGCUCAGCAGCCAGAUAGGUUGCAUAUUCCUGAUCAGCAGCCAGAAAGGUUGAACAUACAAGAUCAACAGUCAGAAAGGUUAUCCAAUGGCAAUGAUCAAGCCAUCUGCAACAUCAAGUUUUACGAAAAGGUUCCUUUGCCCUCGAGAUCAGCUUUUGUCCCCGGAUGUCUCAAAAUAAACGGCAACCUUUUCACGGCAGUGUGCAGUAAAAUCAAAGGCAACCAGUUACGCUGCCGUGAGAUUUCAGUUGCCCUUCAACGUGCAUCUGAUCCCACAGAGUUCGUUUUAGGUAUAGUAAAGAAUCCGUCCUCUCUGACCUUGCAGAAGGGAUGUGGAGCAGUCGGAUUAGCUUCUCCACAACAUGGUCCGUUGUUAUUGUUGGACCUCCUGCGGCGAAUGUCGCCCCAUGUUAAUCAAGAUGUGGAGAGAGAAGCCCUUAGCUUUGCAAGGGAAUGGAGACCUAAAUUUCCGAAGCACCUGAGCAAUCCCCUGGAACCUGUUUGUUUCUUGCUGUUUCUAGCUGCCUACAAAUUGGUCUCCUAUUUCGACCAAGACGAGCUUUUUAGUGUCUUUGGUAAAGAUUCUUAUUGGUGCCAAAAUGGGACAAAACUAUUCGGACUUCUUGAUUUCAAGGAUCUUAUCCCAAAGUUCCUCGAGUACCUUAUGAGAAAUAAGCUGCCUCUAGAGACUCUGCAUUGUAUCAAAAUAUCGAAUUUGCUUGAGAGUUCCCCUUCAGCAAGGACCGCGCUGAAGAAUUACAUGCACACAUGUCCAAAGAAGUUGCGUGGAACUGAAGGCACUGAUGAGCAGGUCGUAUCCAUUGGCAGAGAGCUGAAUGUAUGGAAACCAGUAGCUGAAUCCAUCACGGACCAAACCUUGGCUGAGUGCUUUAGAGAUCACAUUUCUGUCCUGGAGAAGAAACUUCAAGCGCUGAAGAACUCUGAACCCGUUCCUGGCGAAACGCCAUCAGUGCCUGAAUUGUUCGACUACCAACAACAACGAGAAGUUCCCGUUGCUGCAGUAAAACCUGCUUCCGUGCCUAUAUUUUCCGAUGACCAACAAGAACAACCUGGUAAGCGACGGCAGCGACAGGGCUCCGGUGCUCGAUGUAAGCGUCGUAGGAUGAGUGACAUACGAAACGGACUUUGUAGUGCACCGCCAUUGGUGUCCAACACGAAGCUCCGGCUGCCUCAGCUGCCUGUGCCUUUGACAGCACCGUUUAGACCACCUGCUGCUGCUACCGUUGUUUACCCGAACCAAUUUUAUGGCUUCCCUGGUCACUGGUAUCCACUGAUACCGUAUCGCUAUCAUGGCCAUGGAAGGUAAAGCGACGUCUUUAUGAUUCCGGUUACGUUCUUCUCAGAGUUUUAAAUAGAUAGUUUUUUCUGUGGUUGUGAGCGUUAGUCCUUGCAGGUUGCAACCAACAGGGUUUUUUUGGUUGCGUCAAAAUGAUUUUGCACUCUACAGAAGGGAAUCGCAAAUGUCAUUUUGUCAAUACUUUUUUACCACUCGUACAAAUGGACUAACUGAAGAAAUGUUUUUAGCACAUGUAGAG